UUUCGGGGCCAAAUGUCCGGGUCCGAGAGCCUCAUCUAUCGCAUGGAACUACAGCGCAACCUGGAGGGUCACGGGGGUUGCGUGAAUACGGUAUCUUUCAACCCGACAGGAGACCUCCUUGUGAGCGGCUCAGAUGACCAAAGCGUCAUGCUCUGGGAUUGGCGUCGUGGCUUGCGACGUCUGCGGUUCGAACCCGGGCACACAAAUAACAUCUUCCAGGCGAGUCGAACAGCCGCACGCGGAUGCCACCGCUUGUUGGCUCGCUUUCUGCCUGGCUCGCACGACAAGACGCUAGUCUCCUGCGCUGCGGACGGACAGGUCCGUGUAUCGUACUUUCGUGAGGGCAGCUCCCGGCCCUUUACCAAGCGCCUGCAUCGCCACAUGGGACGAGCGCACAAGCUGGCAUUGCAGCAUGCUAGCCCGUACAACCCAUCGUACGGCGGCGGCGCGUGCGGCGGCCCGCCUUGCUUUUACAGCAGUGGCGAGGACGGAGACGUGUGUCUAUUUGAUCUGCGGAUGUGCGACUCGGAGCCACUGGCUCGCAUGGCGGCUAGCGCAACCGGCAGCCAUCAGAGCCGACAGAUUAUCGAUUUAAACGCUAUACACGUUAACCCGGCGCGGCCAUGGCAGCUCGUCGUCGGUGGGGCCGACGAGGCGGUCGUCGUGUAUGACAACCGAAGCUUGACGUCACUGACGUCGUCGUACGGAGGCAGCAGCGCGCGGGGAGACCCGGGAGCCGUACGGCGCCGGCCGGCACACGUCACAUGCGUCAUGUUUGGCCAGAACGGUGACGUACUUGCGACGUACAACGAUGAUGACGUGUACCUCUUCAGGCCGCCGGGCACACAGGGCAGUGCUGACCCCCGUGUUCCUACGCGUGUGCUGUCUCCCCUCCUCCCCUCUGCCCGCAGCGGCCACCGCAACCGUCAGACCGUCAAAGGGGUCAACUUCCUUGGGGAGAGGGAGGAGUGGGUGGUCAGCGGGAGUGACUGCGGGCAUAUUUAUAUUUGGAGUCGAGACAGUUGUCGGUUGCACUGUUGGUUGCGAGGAGACACCCACGUGGUCAACUGCCUGGAGCCGCACCCCUCACUGCCCCUGCACAUGGCCACAUCGGGUAUCGAUGACGACAUCAAGUUGUGGGCGCCCACCGCCGAGUGCCCCCACACCCCGGGACCCUCGGCCCAUGCGACCAUGGAGAGCAACUCCCGGCAGAGGGCCGCGGACCACUCCCGCGUG